CUUUCGCAGAGUUUUGUAAUAUUUCAGAUUUCUGCUAGAUAUCUAAACCAAGUGUGACAAGAAGAAAAUAUGACUCACCUGGAUUACAACUAAGCCGGGAAAAAUAAUAAGCUUUUUUCAAAGAUGUCAAACUGGAACUUCUCCUGGAAUUACGUGUGCCCGUCCGGUUUGCGGCCGUGGGCAAACGACAAUAACGAACUGGCACCAUGUUUUCAGGAAAUUUGCCUGCAACUUCCAAUCCUUGUGUUAUUUUCUGUGUUUUCUUCCUUCUACUACGGGACUAUACAGCGGUCAGUGUUUCGUGAUGCGACGCAGAUACGAUUACUGCGACUUCGGAUUGCUGCUGCCGUAGGUUUGGGAAUUGUACCGAUAAUUAAACUAUUUUACGUUAUUCGUAUUCAUGGACAAAUCUAUCCCAUCGAUGUCCUAUUGACGUGUGUUCAGUUUUUGGCUUGGGCAGUGCAUAUUGGAUUUCUUGGAAGUUCGUUCCGACGAGGAACUCUAAGCCAUCGUGGACCAUUGGUGAUAAUUGUGUUAUGGACUUCGUUACUAGCACUAUCUGCUAUAUGGGUCCAUACCAAUAUUCGAUCAGAUUAUUGGGCGUGGUAUGUAGGUGAUUUACUGCUUUAUGUCGCAUACGGGUCGACUUUAAUUGCUCCUGGAAGUGCUAACUACCUGCGUGUGCAGAGAACAGUAGAUGAUGAACAGCAAGCUUUGUUGUCGAAUACCUAUACCAGAUUUCUGGAAGAAAUUGAUGAAACUGCCUUGGGACCAAUUCAGGACGACGCGAACUGGCUGUCUAAACUCAUUUUCUACUGGGUCACCCCAUUGAUAACAAAGGGUGUAGCUGGAAAAUUACGGAAAAGUGACGACUUGUUUGACCUGCCCGAGUGUCUCAAUAUGAACCAGAUUGUCGGAAAACUCCAGAGAUACUUGGAUUGUACCUAUUCGCUUUUCAAGUCCUUGCACAAAAGUUUCGGUUGGGAAUUUUACCUUAUAGGUAUUCUUCGCUUGUUGGCUGAUUUAUCCGGUUUUGCUGGACCUAUCCUGCUGGGAGGAUUACUACGCAGCGAAAACCAUAGUAAUGGUACUAUCAUUCAUUCGAACGACUGCGAUAACUGCAAUGCAAUGGAUAUACGACCCUACUACUAUGCUCUAGGUCUGCUGAUAUCCACACUAAUAAGCUGCUUCGCUGGAGUGCAUUUCAAUUGGCGAAUGACGCUAGUUUGCACGAAAAUGCGCAUGAGUUUAGUCACUGCAAUCUAUCGAAAGUCGUUAACGGCGAAAGGACUACAAAAUGCCAAACCGGAUAUUCUUAACCUGAUGUCAACCGACACCGACCGAAUCGUGGGAUCGUGCAUUAGUUUCCAUUCAAUGUGGAGCAUCCCGUUUCAGUUGUUCACCACUCUGUACUUGCUUUAUACACAGCUUGGUCUGGCAUUCCUAGCCGGGGUUGCAUUCGCUAUUCUUCUCAUACCAGUAAAUCGUAAAAUUGCUAUGAAAAUCGGACAACUUUCGCAAGGUCUAAUGACGGCAAAAGACGCUCGCAUUUCCAUCACUACUGAAACGAUCGCGGGUGCAAAGCAUAUAAAACUAAAUGCCUGGGAGGACGUAUUUAUCGAUAAAAUCGAACGCAUCCGUCGCGAGGAAAUAGGAUUUCUUUCCAAGCGAAAGUAUCUGGAUGCAUUGUGUGUAUAUUUUUGGGCUACCACGCCGGUUUUAAUGUGUUUGCUAACGUUUGGAACUUCGGUGUUGAUAGGCAAUACACUCACGGCUGCCACAACCUACACAAGCGUGGCGCUACUAAAUAUGUUGAUUGGACCGCUGAAUGCAUUUCCUUGGGUACUCAAUGGUUUGACCGAAGCAUGGGUUUCGCUCAAACGUGUCCAGCAGUUGAUUGAUCUCCCGGACAUCAAUCUGGCAGAGUACUACACACCAUUACAUGCAACAGACACAACGUUUUCCAACGCAUCUCGUCUCCCAGUGGUUAUUGCCAUCAAAGAUGGUCACUUUGAGUUUGAGACAAAACGUAGUCGAAGCGAACGUAAUCUCGUGCAGGAGGAUAUUCGCGAUUUCAGUUUCAACAAUUUGAACCUUCAAAUUCGGCAAGGUGAAUUAAUCUGUCUGGAAGGUCCCGUGGGGGGUGGUAAAACAUCACUUCUUCAGCUAUUGCUAGCAAAUAUCAAGCGCACACAGGGUGUAGUGGCACUCGCAAACCCAGACGACGGUUUCGGGUACGUGGCACAAACACCUUGGCUGCAGCGAGGCACGAUUCGGGAGAAUAUUUUGUGGGGCGAAAUGUACGAUGAUACACGUUACAAAGCGGUUAUUUAUGCUUGUGCCUUGAACUAUGACUUGAAUUUGCUGAAAGGCGACAGUACUGGAGUUGGAGAACAGGGAAGAACAUUAUCCGGAGGACAAAAGGCCAGAAUCGCCCUGGCGAGAGCGAUUUAUCAGGAAAAGAAGAUUUACCUGCUGGAUGAUAUUCUAUCGUCUUUGGAUGCCCACGUUGCGACACAUAUCGUACGACACUGUAUUUUUGGUCUGUUGAAAGAUAAGACACGAAUCGUUGUAACCCAGCAUCCAGUGAUUCUUAACCACUCAAAUCAAAUACUGCACGUGGAGAAUGGCGUCGUUAGUCAAAGCGAUAUCACUAGUAACACUUCCAUGGUAAGCGAUUUUGAAGACGAUAGCGACAGUAUGUUACACUGUUUAAACGUUGACUAUGAGCCACUGUCACCCAAAGAUGAAGACAACAAGAGUCUUGAUAGUGUGAUGGCGGACGAGACCCGCGAAUUUGGCCACCUGGAUAAAAAAGUAUUGGGAGCUUAUUGGCGCGCAAUGAGUCGUUCGCUUGGUUUUUGGGUUAUUUUCGCGGUUCUUUUAAUGCAGUUAUCUCGAAACCUCACAGAUGCUUGGUUGGCGUAUUGGGUUGGCACUUCUACGCCAAGUAAUUUUCCGGUUCCAAACAAUAGCACCGUGUCUGAUAUGAUUCUGUUGAACGACAAAUGGAGCCUAUCCUAUGUUCGCAGCUUGCUAGCAAUGGCACGGGAUUUCCUAGCGUCAGUCGGUAAAGGAAUCGACCAUCGAUCCGCACUAGCAGUUGAGCUACAACAGGAAUCCUAUUUCGAGGAACCUGACAAUCGUACGUUAACGUUUUACUAUCUUGGAGUUUACAGUGCUUUGGCGGUUGGAAAUUCUAUCAUAACAUUCGUACGUGCGUUCUUGUUUGCAUACGCUGGCAUAAAAGCAGCAAAGUGUAUGCAUGACAAGCUACUUAAAAGCGUUAUUUAUACGAAAUUUCAAUUUUUUGACGUCGCUCCACUAGGUCGCAUCCUAAACCGCUUUUCAUCGGAUGUUUAUACAAUCGACGAUUCACUCCCAUUCAUUUCAAAUAUUUUACUGGCACAAUUUUUCGGUCUUCUGGGGGCUAUUGCAAUUAGCCUGUACGCAAUGCCAUGGCUAGGUUUGCUCAUCGUUCCACUGUGCCCAAUCUACCUUACACUGCAAAAUCAGUAUCGCUUCGCCUCCAGAGACAUAAAACGGUUAUCCAGUAAUGCAUUGUCUCCGCUUUAUGCACAUUUCACCGAAACGUUGCAAGGCAUGGAAACAAUAAGGGCUAUGCGUGGUGAAGCACGGUUUAAGCGGGACUUUAUUUUUAAACUCGGCGAAAGUAUCAAAGUGCAGUUGUCGGCUGCCGCAGCCCAGCAAUGGCUUGGAUUGAGGCUUCAGCUGCUCGGAGCAUUUCUGGUCGGUGGAACAGGAUUGCUGGCCGCGAUAACUUCCGCCCAUUUAACCUCACCGGAAAUGGUGGGUUUGGCCAUUUCAUAUGCCCUUUCUAUUACCGGAUUGCUUUCCGGGCUGUUAAAUGCCGUUUCAGAGACUGAACAGGAGUUUGUAGCGGUUGAACGAGUCAAUCAAUAUUGUGAACUAGAACGUGAAGUCAACUACGAAGGUUCGGCAGAUCCUCCAUUUGGUUGGCCAUAUCAAGGCGUUGUGAUAUUUGACCACGUGGGUUUACGUUACCGUGAGCAUCUGCCGUACGCAGUGAAAGGAAUUUCGUUGCACAUAUCGUCGUGUGAGCGAAUAGGCAUUGUAGGCCGAACUGGAGCAGGAAAAAGUUCCGUAUUAGCUUCCAUGUUGCGAGUUGUUUCCCUUUCUCAGGGAACAGUUACGAUCGAUAAUGUCAAUAUUGCUACGUUACCUCUAGAUGUAGUUCGAAGUCGAAUUGCUGUCAUUUCACAGGAUCCGUUUCUGUUUAACGGAACUAUUCGUGAAAACCUGGAUCCACGUGGUCUUCAUCUGGACUCCGAAAUAUGGGAAGCAAUCACUCGCUGCUUAGCUAGUCCUCUGGUUCAGGCGCUUGGGGGUCUUAACGCCCGCCUUACGACCAACGGAUCAAAUCUUUCCGCAGGUCAAAAACAAUUGCUUUGCCUUACUAGAGCCUUACUAAAAAAAUCAAAAAUCGUUUUAAUCGACGAAGGCACGGCAAAUCUAGACUACGAGUCAGAAUCCGCCAUCCAACUGGUAUUGAAAAACGCUUUUCGCGGUCGGACUGUGAUAUUAAUUGCUCAUCGACUGAAUGGACUGCAAAACACUGAUCGCAUCGUCGUGAUGAAAGAUGGAGAAAUAGCCGAACAGGGAGCGCCACCACAGCUGGCUCAAAACUCAGACUCACUUUUCCAUUCGAUGCUACAGGAGCAACAGAAUACAGACUUUUUUAACCAUUAGACUUCUCUUUAAACCUGUAUCAACAGUUUAAAACUAGCCGCUAUGUUAGAUCCAAUUGAGCAAGACACGUAAACAGUUUUAAAUGUUGAAUAUUCAUUGUAAGAAAUGUCUUACUUUUUAUUAGUAUAUACUUUAUUGUAAGUAAUGUGUAUAGUUUAGAUUGUUUAUGUAAGCAUUAAACUCAAUUGUUACAA